AUGCGGCUCAACCUUACUCUACAUGCAAACGUUUCCCGAACAUCGUUUGUCAAUCGAAAGUCAUUCGAGAAGCUGGAUACGAUGCCAACCACAGUAUUCCAAUACUACUUUCAGCUUCAAGUAAAAGAUCUGCACAUUCACUCCCCCGAGACUGAAUUGAUACAUUGGGUUUCCAGAAACAGCUCUUUCAAACGAUUCAAACGCAAAGAAUGGGAGUCCUUGUCGCUUUCGAAAAGAAGGAUAUACAAUGCAUUGUACUUCCAUUUUACGGGGCUGAACUAUCGAACUUUGGGCCAUGAAGAAGUGGCAAGAAGACUUGAAAUACCGAUCCCGCCUAUAAGUGAGUACCUGCUCUUCAGAAACAAAUUCAAAUCAAAGUUUGAUCUUUUGUGGGAGGAACAGCGGAACCGCGAUCUACUGAAACGCACUCCCAAAUUGAUACUCCGAUCUAAAUCUUCCGGUGCUGUCAAAAGUCCACGCUUUUCAGCAGCUUGCUCUAUAGAAAGUGAUCCGGAUCUGACCAUUCGCUUCCACGAUAUGUGUCGCGAAUGUAGGAGAACAUGGCGAGAGAAGGUGAGCAGUUUGCAGAAAGCCGAGAUUGGAGAAAAGCUGCGGGAACAGCGCAGAAGUUUCCGCAAACUCAUGGACAAGGAGAUCGAAGUCUUGGACAGUCUUCAAAGUCUACUCGUCGAUCGACUGAAAGAUGCAAAUAUGCUAAAUUCAGGUACUAUUGACCUCGAGAAGGGAACUACGCAACGAAACACGAACAGACUGGCAUUUUUGGUUACACAUAGCGACAAAGAGUGA